CACUUUUCAUUCCAAGCAGCUAUCAAAUGCCGGAGCGACCGAGAGGAGAGUGAGUAAGCGGCGGCGGCGAAUCUUCCAUUCUUCUCGCCGUCCAGCGGGUUUUUUCUCUUGGUUCACAGACAUAAUCUACCUUUUUAAAAACUGAAUCCAACAUUCAUCUGAAGCCGGAAGUCAUUCCCUCCUUUUCCUUCACACUCUCUCUACCCCUCCCAUUCCGAGAUUUGGAUUGAGCUGCAGGGGAGCCCGUCUUCCCGCUAUCUCUCGUUGCCUGCGCAGAGUUUACGCUGAUAAUUUCCCGUUUAUGUAUCUGGAUUCGCCACUGAGGAGAAGGCAUGGCGUCGAUCUGGGACGACGACGGUGCGCCGGACGUCUCGCAUGCCCUCAUCGCGAUCAUCUUCGCUCUGGGGUUCGCUCCCGUGAGGUUCUUACUCGAUUUCCUCGUCUACAAGCGGCUUGCAAUGAGAUUAUUGCAUAGUGGAAGAGCUACAUUGGUGAUUGAUGAAACUAGACAAUUGAAGGUUUACAAGUGUUCAGAAUCAAUGUGGAAGUUUACGUACUAUGUUAGUGUUCAAAUGUGGGUAAUAUCAAUACUUCGCCAAGCGCCUUGGUCGAUGAAUACGAAGGAAUACUUUAAAGGAUGGCCAAAUCAAGAACAAGGGUUUUCGACGAAGCUAUUCUGUAUGUGCCAAUGUGGAUAUUAUACAUACAGUAUUGUUGCUCUUUUGAUAUGGGAAACUCGAAGAAAAGAUUUCUAUAUAAUGAUGUCACAUCACAUAAUUACUUCCAUUUUAAUUGGUUACUCUUACAUCACCAGGUUUUUCCGUAUAGGAAUAGUUAUUCUUGCCCUUCAUGAUGCAUGUGAUGUAUUUAUGGAAGCGUCAAAAGUAUUCAAGUACUCUGAGAAGGAGAUGGCAGCUAGCCUUGGCUUUGGUUGUUUUGCUAUCUCUUGGUUUUUGUUACGUCUCAUAUUAUUCCCCUUCUGGAUUAUCAAGGCAUCAAGCUACCACUCUGUUGAGCCAUUGAUCGAGGCAAACUAUUUUCCUAGAACAUUUUAUUAUACUUUCAAUACCAUGCUUCUUACCCUUCUGGUUUUCCACAUCUACUGGUGGAAACUCAUAUGCGCAAUGCUCCUGCGUCAGCUACAAAAUGAAGGAAAAGUAGGAGAAGAUAUUCGAUCAGAUUCUGAAGAUGGGGAAUGAGAUUGCAGGACCCCUUCCAUGUUGCAGAUAAUAGUUGUAAGUGAUUUAAGAUGUAUCCAGCUUGAUAUAUUGGUGUAGGUUUCAUUCUUUUUUGACUCGCAGAGCUUAUUAGCUCAGAUUUUGCAUUUCUUAAACUCUCGUUCAGUGUAAAAAACACAGUGGUUGGAACCAAUUUCUAUAGAAUAUGGCCGAUUGUAAAAUUAAAUAAUCUUUGCCAUUCAAUUUUCUUUUC